AUGGAGCAGUUCAAGAGUGUCAAGAUGCUGGCCAUUGGAUUAGCCUUUCUGGCUUGGAUACUCUAUAUCAAGAUGUUCUGGCCUGACACCACCGUCUACCGACCCCCAAGACCCUAUCUCGUUUCUAAAAAUACCUCACCCGUCUGGGACUCUCUCCCUCAGGAGCUCACCAACCUGACCAGUCUUCUCUACUGGCCUCGAACCCCAGAAGAUGGGAAGGAUCUUUUGGCUUCCACCAGUCCCCAGACCUCCACUUACCACCUGAGGGGUCCUACACAGGCCACCUAUGUCCUGGGGGACCACCUAGAGGCUAUCCUUGUGGCCAGGGACCACAGGGGCAGGCCCAAGACCCACGGAGGGGAUCUGUUUCAGGCACGGCUCCUAGGUCCAGAAUUAAGAGCAGGGGUGCCAGGAGAUGUGAAGGAUCUAGAGAAUGGCACCUACCUAUUGUCCUUCCCCCUGCUCUGGGCUGGGAGGGCUCGGGUGCAAGUCCGACUGAUCCAUUCCAGCGAGGCGAUCCAUUCCAGCGAGGCAAUUGGGGUUCUGCGGAGAGUCUGGAGAGAGAACCAGGCCACGGUUAAUUUUAGAGGCUAUUUCCGGGGGAUGAAAGGACCUGAAGAGAUUGCAAUUUGUAAUGUUGAUCCCCAUGCAACCGGAACUAAAGGGUCUACCUGCCAAUACAGGGAUGUGGUUUCUGGCGAGCUCUGGUUCUGUGCUGCGCCCCCUACCCUCCCCUGUAGCUCCUUAGUUGGUCAUUCAAGUGGAAGUUAUCUGAAGGUGACCACACACCAAGAGGAUGCAUUGCUGGCAUGGAAUGUUACAGACAAGCUGCUUCCUGAAGGCAUCUCUCCCUUCCUGAUCAGACCCCCGAAAACUGGGAACAUCAGCGUGGCUCUGUCCCCUGAGCAGCCAUGCCACCCCGGCCUCAGGUCUCCAAAGCCCUCUGGCUUCUAUUACCAGAACAAAUGGCACUCGCUGGCCUGUUCUGCCCGCUCCUUCUCUAGUGAGAACAGCAUCCUGGGCUGCCUGGCCGGCCACGUGGUCCACAUGAUGGGAGACUCUACGCUGCGGCAGUGGUGGGAGUAUCUGAGGGACACUGUGCCCUCCCUGAAGCCAAUAGAUCUACAUUCCACGUAUCAGGUGGGACCCCUGAUGGCUGUGGAGACCACUCGGGGCAUUGUGCUGCACUGGCGAGCCCACGGCUGGCCCCUGCGCUCUUCCCGCACACCCAUAGCUGCCCUGCACUCUGUGGCCAGGGAACUGGAUGGCCUGGCUGGGGGUCCUCACACUGUGGUGGUGUUUGGUCUGGGAGCCCAUUUUACCACCUUCCCUCCAUCCAUCUUUGUGCGACGUCUGGCAGGGAUUAGAGCAGCUGUGAUGGCCCUGCUGGCCCGAGAACCCAGCACGCUUGUGGUCAUUAAAUUGGCCAACACUGGCUAUAAGUCUGUGUACGGCAGUGACUGGUUCACCUUGCAUGUGAACCGGAUGCUCCGAGCUGCCUUUGCUGACCUCCGUGUGGCUUUUUUGGAUGCCUGGGAAAUGACUUCCAGCCUGGCUGUACCUGACAACAUCCACCCAGGGAAGCUCAUUGUCCAAAAUGAGGUGGCUGUACUUCUGUCCUUCAUCUGUCCCUCUUGA